CCCGGUCCUUUCUUUGCACGGAACCAAAGCAUCGAGAUAUCGUUGCAAGGGGAAACAAUAAGCUUAGGACAGAAUAUGGCGGCGCCGAGUGGUUCUUCAGAAACCAGCGAUCUUUCAGGAGAAAAAUUGAAAUCGCCACAAGUUACUCCGCAGAAAGUUCGGCAGAUAUUAGCAGAGGGUAUUGCAACGGAGAACCUUGCUCUGAAUAUUCCAGAACCUGUUGCACAACAGGACUCUGUCAAUGGAAUCGAACUUGCUGCUGGUGAUAUUGUGAGCAAGGAAGCCUUUUUCAGCAGAGUGGAAUCAUAUACAUCUUUAAAAUGGGCUGGAAAACCUGCAGAACUUUCUCCACUUCAGUGUGCCAGAUAUGGAUGGAUAAACAUUGACUUUGAAAUGUUAAAAUGCUCGAGCUGUCAGGCCUUUCUUUGUGCAACUCUUCAACCUACACAAGAUAUUGCUAAAUAUAAAGAAAGAAUAGAAGAACUGCAAGCUUGUUUAAAAAAGUCCCAUGAGAAAUUCUGCUUCUGGCCGGAUUGCCCAAGUACAGAUCACUACUGGACUUUGCCUUUAAGUGAAUAUUCAGUACUACUCAAUGGACUUGUGCAACGUUAUAAAACUUUAUGCCUUUUAGAACUGCAGCUGCCAUCCAUUAAACCUGAAGACCUUAAAAACAUGUCUAUAUCUGAAGAUACUAUCAGUAUUCUUUUACACCUUAUUGAGGACAACCUGAAAGAACAAGGGACUGCACCUCUUAAAUUUUUUGCAGAGCCUCUUUCUGUACAGAUGUCGUCCUGUAUCUUGGCUCUUUGUGGUUGGACUACCAGUCAGUCUUUAGAGACAUAUAGGCUACCAGUGAUCAGUUGCUCCUUGUGCUUGAGAAAAGUGGGACUUUGGUCAUUUCAACAAAUUGAGAGUGCUGUUUCUGAAGGUGUGGAUGGUUCAGGAGUUAAUUCUUCAAAUCUGAACACUCAAGAAGGACGAGAAAGGCUGACUCCUACAUGUGUAUCACCAUGUCGGAUGGUUCUCCGUAGUCAAGACUCUGCACGGUCACAAUGUACUGAACAGGGAGACAUUGCUUCCUCACCCACUCUGUUUCGCACCCGGAGCCGUGAUUCACCUAGCCCCAUUGAUGAGACCAGUGGUCAGCUGUUCAGGACAAAGAGGCCAGUCACUCGAAGCAUGGGGCAGGGUGAAGUAGCCAACAUUGCAGCUGAAGUGCCUUCCAGUCCCCAGAGGAAAGCUAAACGUAUGAGACUCUGCUCAUCAAGCAGCUCUGAUACUCCAGCAUCCAGAAGUUUCUUUGACCCAGUCUGUCAGCACAAAGAUUGGUGCCCAUGGGUAAAAGCUGUUGAUGCAAAGGGAAUAUCAGGUGUAGUUUCUGCUCAAGGGGAUAUGCCAUCUCUAACAAAAAACACAGAGAAACCGGAACCUGGAUGGAAGGAAGCACUCAAAGUCUUUCUAUCUAUGAAAAAAUCAGAAAGUGUGACUGAAUGCAGUGUACCUGAGGGCCUUCCUGCAAAAUCCAAGAGAGUGUUCUCAAUACUUCGUCAAAUGGAUGCACCCUGUUCAAAAUAGUUUUCAUUUAGUAAAUGAUACUGUUCUCGUUUUCAAAUUGAAACUCAAGUUGUUCCUUCUUGUUUUUCUUAUUGUUUGGUUUCAUUGUUUUUACUUUUCAUUUUUCUUUUUUUCCAAAGAAAAAGAGAUUAAAUUUGAUACUAUUUAAAUGUACAGUGCACUGUGUGGUGUUAUUUUCUUAAACUUCAAAAUGCAUUAUUUAUGUGGACUCUAUUGUAAUCUUAUACUCUCACUUUUAGGUGAAUGACAAUUUGUGGAUGUACAGUAUGAAAAUGGAAAAAAUGUAUAUGUAACAUUAGCAUUAUCCAAGGGAAUUUUAGUACCCUUUUUGGUGAUUAGUGCCUUUUUUAGAAUAAUACAUUUUUAAUAUACAAUAUUGAUAUGAUACUUAAAUAUUGUACAGUAUUAUACAUUAUUUGUAUAACCACUCUGCUGCUGAAAAGUGCUUGGGCAUAUUGAGAUAAAAUUCAAUAUUACCUUGGAAAUAAAGAACCACUUCAAUAGCAGUAGAGUAAUAUUAAUUUGUGAUAUUGUAAUGUAAAUGUAUAUUGAAACAUAAAAAUGUGUUAAUUUUGGCCUAAUAUUGUGUAUAACUCCAUGUAAAUAAAUGGAAACUAAUUAUAGCAGGAAA